AUGAACAUUUCAUCUGGUAAAUUGCUAGAAGCUUUAACAAUUCAUGGUAUUCGCCACAUAUUUACUAGAAGUGGGAGUAAAUUUACAAGGAUUUUCUGGUCUGUUGCGGUUUUGUUAUCAAUAAUUGGAUUUUGUUUCAACAACUACAUGCUGUACAUGAAAUUGAGUGAAAAACCUGAUAUAAACGUGAGAAUAAAGCAAAAGUUUAUAAGCAAGAUUCCGUUUCCAGCUAUAACUCUUUGCACUCCAGUAGUUGCUAAGAACAAUGUUAUUUCUUUAUACAAUCUGUCAAAACAUAUUAGAUUCAAGCCUAAUGAUCCAUUGAAUUUAACGAUUCAGGAACAAAACUAUUUGGCAUCAAAUAUUCAAGCUUGCAUUCCUAGUUUUUCAUUUUUAACAAAACGACAUACUCAAAAUCGAACAUCUGACAACAUUGUUAAAUUACUUAAUGAGAGCUUCUUAAUGAUCAACGAGACAUUAUUAAACUGCGGAUAUAAAGAAAUAUAUGGUGACUGUACAACACUUUUAAAUCGAGUUAUUACAGAUAAAGGAUUUUGUUACACAUUUAAUUUAAUGGGAUUUAAUACGAUUUUCAAUGACAAAAUCAUAAGCGAGGAUUUCGAUAGCUAUAAAAGAUUAAAAAUUCCAAAAUCAUUGGAUGUUUUUAAUUUAUUAAGUAGUGAAGAUGUUGAUGAUACAUUAGAAACAUUCAAAUGGUCAUUAGACAAAGGAUAUGAUAAACAUCAUGAAGCUGAUUCCGUUCCCGUGAAAGCAGAAAAAAGAAAAACAUUUUCUGUAAAUUUAGUAAUAAGAGAACCGGAUAUAUCAAAUAUAUGUAUUAUGACAGGAAGAGUUUUCAGCUUUUAUAUCCAUUUACCUAAUGAAAUUAUGUUACCAUCACACCAGGAUUACAUUGUUGAGUUCAAAAAAAAAGCUGAUGUACUUUUAACAGCAAAAUCAUAUACAACUAAUGAAGGAAUGAGGAAAUUUCCCCCAAGAUCACGCGGAUGCUACUUUGAAGGGGAGAAACUGUUGAAAUACUUCAAAGCCUACACAAAAGCUCAUUGCGAAUUCGAGUGCAUGACAAACUAUACACUAAAAGAAUGCGGAUGCGUCAAGUUCUCAAUGCCACGCAGUCCUUCAACUCCAGUUUGUACAAUUGAAAAGGCUGAUUGUUACGUUGAUGCUAUGGAUAAAUGGCCAGAUCAUGAAAAGUUUCAUGAUAGAUUUGAAGCGACUUGUGGAUGUCUAAAGACUUGCAAUGAUAUAAAAUACGAUGUGAAAUUUGAAAAGGCAUCAGCAGCUGACAACGUUUUGCUGCUAGUUCUUGAUCAAUUCAUACAUAAGAAAAUGAAAGCAUCGUCUAAGCUAAUUGAAAACAUUUCAAUCCAUGGGAUCGGAUAUAUUUUUGUAAGACAUGCCAGUAAAUACACAAGAGUAUUUUGGAGUCUUGUUGUUUUAGCAUCAAUCGGUGGACUUCUAUUCAAUAAUUAUUUAUUAUAUCAAAAACUAAAUGAAAUUCCUGAUAUUAAUGUUCGGACAGCACAAGUAUUUUCUAGUAAAAUUCCAUUUCCAGCUAUUACAGUUUGUACACCAUUAUUUGCUAAAAAUCAUUUAGGUCAUUUUUACAAUACCUCAGCAUUAUUAAGAGGAAUGACAAAAGUUAAACUCAAUUUGCCGAUAGAUGAGCAGAACUACUUAGCUUCAAACAUUCACGCAUGCAGUCCCGAUUUAUCUAUGAGCCUUAAAUUUCAUGUUGAAAACCGGACAGAAAAUAACAUAAUCAAGCUUUUAAAUGAAAGUUCCUUGACAUUAAGUGAAGCUAUAAUAAAUUGUGGAUUUAAAGGUUUUGUAACUGAUUGCACAUUUAUUUUUAAUCGGGUGCUGACUGACAGAGGCUUCUGCUAUACAUUCAAUCAGCAAUCAUUCAACACUAUUUUCAAUGAGGAAGUAAUUAGUGAGGAUUUCCACAGCUAUAAAAGAUCAAAUAUCCGGAAAUCAAUGUAUGUGGCGAAUCCAUUGAUCAAAGAGAAACUUGAUGACACUAAUGAAGUAUUUAAAUGGUCACUGGAUAAUGGAUAUCAAAAAGACCAUGAAGAUGAUUCAGUUCCAGUGACAGCAAAUAAAGGAAAAUAUUUUGCAUUCAAUCCUUACCUGAAUGAAUCAGACACUAAAAAUGUUUGCAUGAAUAUUGGAAAUAUUUUCAGUUUUUAUAUUCAUCUACCUAAUGAGAUUAUGCUGCCAAUGCAUCAGGAGCAUUAUGUAGAAUUUAAAAAGAAAAGGGAUAUCAUUUUGGCAGCAAAGUCCUAUAAAGUAGAUGAAGGAAUGAGAAAGUUUCCUCCACAAACUCGUGGAUGUUAUUUUGAGGGUGAGAAAAAGUUGAAGUAUUUUAAGACAUACACAAAAGGCCUUUGUGAAUAUGAAUGUAUGACGAAUUACACUUUUAAGGAAUGUGGAUGUGUAAAGUUCUCUAUGCCUCGAACAUCAAGUACUCCAGUUUGUUCUGUUGAUAAUGCUGAAUGUUAUUUUUAUAGCAUGUUUAAAUGGCCUGAUUAUAAGAAAUCAAAAGACAUGUAUGAAGCAACUUGUGGAUGCUUAAAGUCAUGCAGUGAUGUCAAGUACGAAGUAAAGUAUGACAAAAUAUCUUCAAGUGAAAAUGUAAUGCUCAUCUAUAAUGUCUACAACUUAUCACAAGCGUAA